GAGCGCAGCAUGACCGAGGCUGAAUUAUAUACGCUUUACAAGGGAGUCUAUCUGCCAGCACUGGUCCACUCCCCUCAGAGUCUGUCCUACUUUGAGAAGUUCACAUUUAGACCAGAAGAUGUUGUCAUUGUGAGCUAUCCUAAAUCAGGCACAACAUGGAUGCAGGAAAUAGUUCCUCUAAUCCUGAGUGGAGGUGACCCGGCCUCUGUCGAGUCCCUAUAUAACUGGGACCGAGUUCCAUGGCUGGAGGAGCAGCGGGCGAGCCAAUUGAAUCUGGAAGAGAGGCCGUCCCCCCGCAUGCUAACGUCACACUUCCAAUACAAAAUGAUGCCUCCGAGCUUCUAUCAGGUGAAACCAAAGGUCAUCUAUGUCAUAAGGAACCCCAAAGAUGUGUUUACAUCUGCCUUCCAUUAUUACGAGACAACCUCCUUCAUGGUGAACCCAGGCCCACGGAGCAAAUUCCUCCAGAAGUUCCUUGAUGGAAACGUUGCUUUCAGUUCAUGGUUCGAUCACGUGAAGGGAUGGCUGAACGUGAAAGGUAAAGAGCAAAUACUGUAUGUCACCUACGAAGAGUUGACCCAGGAUCUAAAGGACGCCGUGUCCAGAAUUGCUCAGUUCUUGGGGAAACCUCUGGACACCAAGGUCAUCGAUAAUAUCGCAGACAAAUGUUUGUUUCAGAACAUGAAGCAGAACAAAAUGUCAAACUACUCGGCUGUACCUCAGGCGAUUAUGGACCAGACCAAGUCAGGAUUUUUUAGAAAAGGAACUGUUGGGGAUUGGAAGAACCUGCUAACAGUGGCAGAAGCGGAGUACUUUGAUAAAGUUUAUAAAGACCAAAUGAAAGAUGUUCAACAUAAAUUUGUAUGGGACUAAAAUCAGUGCAUGAUAAAAAAAUAUGUACAUUUCUAACAGAAAUACUGAAAUAAUCAUUCUAUGAUCGUUAUAUGGUAUGAUGUUUAGACAUUAAAGGAAAUGUUCAGAUGUAAACACUGAAGAAUG